AUGACUGCCGGGGCAUUUUCCGAAUGGCGAAAGCUCCCGGUCAGCCUGAGUGAACUUUGCAUUAAUACCACCCUGCGUUGUGGCCAAUCCUUCAGAUGGCAUCAUGUCCCAGACACCGAGGAAUGGAGAUGUGUUCUCCACGGUCGACUUCUCUCUUUGAAACAGGAUCACAAUUAUCUCUACUACCGUACAUACAUCUCCCCCAAACCAAUCCCUUCGAUUCGGCCAAAUCCAGUCUCACCAGAGGCCAACAGCGCCGCCAGCAAUGACGACGACUACACGCUCUCCCUGAUCAAACACUACCUCAACCUUUCCUCCAAUCUAACAGACCUCUAUACAUACUGGUCCUCACAAGACCCCAACUUCAAGAAAAAAGCCCCCAAAUUCACCGGCAUCCGCAUCCUGCGUCAAGACGCCUGGGAAGCCCUAGUCUCCUUCAUCUGCAGCAGCAACAACAAUAUUUCGCGCAUCUCGCAAAUGGUUGAGAAGCUCUGUCUUCACUACGGACCCGCCAUCGCCUCUAUCGACGGUCGUGCGUAUCACGAUUUCCCCUCCCCCGAGGCCCUGACCGGUAAAGACGUUGAAAGUCGUCUCCGCGGCCUGGGAUUCGGAUACCGUGCUAAAUAUAUCUACCGGACGGCUGUGAUGGUCGCCACGGAGAAAGAAGAAGGAUGGUUAGAUUCAUUACGGAACCCGGAGUGUCCUGCGUUCGGGGGUAAGAGCGCGCCAGCUGGGGAGAUGUUUCCGGAAGGUAGACAGGGGUAUCGCGAGACGCAUGAGAAAUUGCUCUCGUUGCAGGGUGUUGGGCCCAAGGUGGCAGAUUGUGUUUGUUUGAUGGGGUUGGGGUGGGGAGAGUCGGUACCUGUUGAUACCCAUGUCUGGCAAAUUGCCCAACGGGAUUACAAGUUCGGCAAAGGGUCUCAUAAAUCCCUUACGAAAGCCACCUACGAUGCCGUGGGGAAUCACUUCCGUAAACUCUGGGGCAAAGAAGCUGGAUGGGCGCAUAGCGUGCUAUUUACGGCUGAUCUGAGAUCUUUUUCAGAUCGACUAGUUGCCUCCAAGACGGUGAAGGUCAAGAUGGAUGUGGAUGUGGAUGUGAAAGACGAGGAGGACAACGAUGGGACGAAGAUUGAAACAAGCGUCACUACGUCGACGGUUGCGUUGAAGAGGCCUGCGUCUGUUGAUGGGGUCAAAGUCGAACCGCUCGAUGAUGAGUGGAAGGAGAAUGUAACUUCAACUGCUGUGAUUCAAGCGUCGCAGACAACGACAUCGAGGAGGAUGUCGAAACGGCUUCGGAGUCGGUGA